AUGUCGAAGAAGGUCCCUUUAUCUGUAAUUCAGAAGUUGCAGAACAAUCCCACUCUUGUGAGAAACAUUUGCAUCCUGGCUCACGUCGAUCACGGGAAGACAACACUCGCUGAUGGUCUGAUCAGCUCGAAUGGGAUUAUCUCCACUCGACUCGCCGGAGAAGUGCGAUACAUGGACAGUCUGGAAGAAGAACAGAACCGAGGCAUUACUAUGAAGGCAAGCUCCAUCUCCCUCUUUUUCGAAGAUGAAAAGGUGAUAACGGACGAGGGCACUGGGGAGAAAUCGAAGAAGCAGGUCCCCUACUUAAUCAACCUGGUGGAUUCCCCUGGCCACAUCGAUUUCAGCUCCGACGUCUCCGCCGCAGUGCGUCUCUGCGACGGCUGUUUAGUGGUGGUGGACGCCAUCGAGGGCGUAUGCACCCAAACAUUGACGGUUCUGCAACAAGCGUUCCAGGAAGGCGUGCGUCCGAUCCUCAUCAUCAACAAAAUCGACCGUCUGUGCGUGCACCUGAAGCAAAGCCCGAUGGCGGCCUACCUCCACAUUCGCAACAUCAUCGAGAAGGUAAACGCGACGAUCAGCAGUCUCUACACCGCCGAAGUGAUCCGCAACACCUCCACCACCUCCUACGUCAUCGACAGCGAGAAAGAAGAGCAGCUUUUCGUCUCUCCCCUCACCAACACCGUUCUCUUCGCCAGCGCCGUCCACGGCUGGUGCUUCUCGCUCCGCCAAUUCGCCGACCUCUACGCGCCGGUGCUGGGCAUCAACAAGGCCAAACUGGCCAAGUACAUGUGGGGCGAUUUCGUCUACAACGCCAAGACCAAGAGCGUUUCCGCCUGGACUCCCGCCAGCAAAGAACCCCCGAUUUUCGUCAAGAUGGUCCUCUCCACCAUCUGGCGCGUCUACAAAAGCGUCUACAAGCGCAACGACGAGGCUUUGCAGGCUAUUUUGGACUCCCUUCAGGUCUCGCUUUCCCCGCGGGAAUGGAAGAUCGCAGACCCCGCGGUUCUCGUCAAAACCAUCAUGGAACGCUGGCUCCCUCUCUACCGCGCCGUUCUCAGUUUCCACGUUUCUACGAUUGUGAGGGAUAGAGGCGGUGGUGCGGGUGCUUCCGUCGCCUGUCGACGCGCAGAAAACGCGCUUUGA